UGCUCAAACUGUCAAAGAUAUGAAUACUUUGUAAUCUUUUAUUUUAGAGACUUAAAAUAUGCAUUCUGUGCUAGAGAUUAUAAAACUAGUGAGCAUAAAUGUGAAUCAUGCUUAAAAAGAGAUGAAAUAUGUCAAUAUACUCUGCUUAAAUGCUCUAAUUGCAAAGAAAAACAUGCAUUCAGCUCAAAAGAAU